UUAAACUGUCAAGUGAAAAAAAACAAACUAGAAAGUAAACUGUCAGCAGCGAUGAGUUCGGGUUCAAAACUGGAAGAUUUAAAUUUAACCUCAGAUGAAAUAGACCGCUUCAGCAAAGCGUUCAAAGAUGAGAAAUUCAGAGAGCUGCUGCGCGAAUACGCUGAAGAAAUCUCCAAUCCGGAGAAUAAAAAUAAAUACGAAGAAGAAAUUACCAUGAUGGAGCAGGAGAGAGGCAUGGGUGUGAAAUUCAUUCACCCUCAGCCGGGCCACGCACUGAAAACCAGUGUUAACGGGGCUCAGAAAUGCUUCGUUAACAUCUGCAGCAACGACCUGCUGAGCAAGCCGGUCUGUAAACCGGGGAAGGCGGGCGACGGCAAAGCAGGGCAGCUGUGGUCUCUGCCAUACAGUCUGGCGCCAGGGAGAGAAGACAUGGGCGCCCGGGCGGAGAGGCACAUGGUUUAUGAUGUAGUUUUUCACCCGGAUACUCUUUACAUGGCUGGGAGAAACGACAGGUUUAAGAAAAUGGUCGAUGAGACGGCCAUCGAGGCGAUCCAGAAGCAAUUUAAUGUGAAACUGGACAAGAAAAACACCAAGACCUUGAAAACAAAGUACAAAGGCGCCCCCCACCCCACUGUCAUUCGCAAACCGCUGUCCGGUGCGAAAGAAGCGGAGCCGUCAACUGAGCCGAAUGACGAGGGCGCUUUGCAAUUCCCUUACCCCUAUGACAGUAACACACACCGUGCUGCCGGCAACGGAGCGGAGGAGAGCCGAAAUGAAGCCGGGAACGUGAAGGGCGAAAUUAAAUCAGACUCGGACGAGCAAAACAAACCCACCACCCCAACUCAUGCGAUCAAAUACAGGACUUUCGUUGACUUUCAAGAUUACCGAUACUCCCGAGACUCUGCGCCCAGCACCAGACCCAUAGAGUUGGUCAUUACCAUUGACUUGCCUUUGCUUAAAUGUGCUGGGGACGCAGACCUGGAUGUGACCGAGAACCGCUUCUUAUUGCAGUCCCAGAAACCGGCUUACAGACUGGACUUCCCACUGCCUUAUCCUGUUAAUGAAAACCAAGGGACAGCUACAUUCAUCAAAGCCAGGAAGCAGCUGGUUGUCACGUUACCUGUCCUGCCGGCGGUCCCCGAAGCCAGCAGUCAGGCGGUCUGUGAAGUGCAAAGUGAACCCGGCGGUACCGUGGAGGAGGAUCUGAGCGACAGCAACGGCACAGCGGGAUGCCGAAGCUGUGACACAAUCCCAGCCUGUGAUUCCCAGGUGCACGACAAUCUCAGAACAACUGCAAAUAAAAACACAAGCGAGCUUCCUGCCUUUCCGACAGGCGGCGUAGCCCGAGGGGAGGAAGGGGUACGUAGCGAGGACUCUAUGGAAGGAAGCGGUUCAGACGGAGAAAAAACUCUGCCAUAUGAAAGUGAUGAAGCACAACCCAUUCCCCCCGUUAAGAAAAGCGAAGUGGCAGCGGGCACGGCUCAUUACUGCGACGCACUGCCAAAUCAUUUGCAGACUCGAGUUAAAGCCGAAGCUUCUGAGAAGAGUUUGGAAGACUGCCCGUCUGAAAGCGAGCCUCGGUGCCCUACUUUCCAUUUGAGUCAAGAUAAUACGUCUGUUACUCUGUUCAUAGAUAUUAAAGGCAUUGUCCGCGAGAGCUUCAAUAGCGUGCUUACAGCUACAGCGUAUAAAGUUUCAUUUGGAACCAGCGAGCUGGAGAAGGCCUCCUAUUCACUGGUUCUCCAGUUCCCCCCUGCAUGCCAUUUACAAAGCAGUCACAGUGCUGCGGCUGUGUGUGAGCACAGCGCUCCCGUGUCUGUGGUGUUGUCCAAGUCCCCACAAAGCGUUGGCUUGUGGCAAACCUUUCGCUUUGGCAUAACAGAAAGGGACCUGCAGGAGCGUUCUUUUAACAAUAUGGAAACUACAAAUGCACUGAAACCACCUGUGGACACUCAGACAAGUCUAUACAGCCACGCUGCAAGUGAAGUGUUCCCAAAAGACAACCUUGAAACCCAGCAAGAGCCUGGCAUCUGCUUCCAAUCUCAGAACAAGUAUAACGUAAUACUUGAUGAAACACCAAAAGCUGCGUCUGUGGUCAUGUCUAAUCCCAGCGGCAAUGUGAAUGACGAGGGAUCUUCCUCUGGUGCACUCACCCAAGAGACGGGGCAGGAGGGCCACACACACGUAGCAGAGGGACUUGCCAACUCUGAUACUGCAGUCACGCCAGGGUCUCAAAUGGCCAAUGGAAAGGGUCCAGUGUUAACUAACAGCUCUGCAACAGCUGACCCACCUGCAGUGCCAAACACCAUGGAUGGAGCAACACCAAGGGAGCCAGUAUCUGUAAGCAACAACUCCCCUCCCCAUGACGCUGCAUUAGACGCCGGCACAGCUAAUACAGCACAGAAAGUGGUCCGGUUAGAGGAGAGGGUGACGCUGGGAGACGGGAGUGAGCUGGACGAGGAUGACCUGCCCGCGGAGCAGAAGGAGGGGUCAGUGGACUGCGUGUCUGCCCCGCCAGUCAUUGAGGAAACUAACAAAGAUGGAAGUGUAACGAUUAUAAGCAAUCACACCACCUGCUCUGCAUUCUCUUUUCAAAAUAACCUUUUAUUUGAACUGGACUAAGCGUGAAAAAAAAAAAAAAAAAUCUUAGUAGUGACAAACAUCUUAUAUAAUGGGAAAAGACUGCGUAGAAUACGAAGUCUGAAUUCACCGGCGAGCCUUACCCUGUAAUUGUUCUUAGUGUUGACUUACAAUAAUAAUAUUAAUGAUAAUAAAAAGUGAAUGAAAAGGAA